AUGAAGUGCUUAAGUUAUGAUUACGUUUCUUCAGCUGACUUUAAUCUUACAGUGUGUGCACGGCGGUCUCUUCAUACGUUAAGUACAUCCCACACACUCACAGGCAAGUACACAAGGUAUCGAACUACACACAUUGGCGGCAAGCUGAACGAACACUUGUACAACGGAGCUACAACGCGGUAUCUGUAUACGUAUAUUUUCAUGCUUGGAGGUAUCUAUAAAUCGACAAAGCGUACAAAGAAGCAUCAACCGCUGCACUUAACAGUACUGACAGUUGCCAAAAGGGAUCGCGAAUUACAGUUGAAGUGCAUCGUGCUUAAGUCUGUAUUUCACUAA